GCUUUCUUCUACUGAGCCGAGGCAGACGGGAUUAAAACUCUGGAAAACACGGAGAAUCGAGCACUCAGCAAUGAAAUGUGUGUAUCUCUGUGUGCGUUUCACUUUCAACUAAACUCUGAAUUCGAGCAUCCCACGUUAAACACGGUGGACCUGCUGACACUGGACUCCUUGCUCACUUCUCACAUCCAGUGUCAGCAGCCUGCGCUUUCAAGAUGAUCAACCCUCAAGUGUACCUCCACUACAACUACACAGGGAAGCUGGAACAUCGCACCAGCGUUGGCACAAGCCCCGGUAGCAUGGACGCCAAAACUAUCGCGUUCCUCAUCAUAUGCAGCUUCAUCGUCCUCGAGAACCUCACCGUGCUGGUGGCCAUAUGGAGAAACCACAGGUUCCACAACCGCAUGUACUUCUUCAUAGGCAACUUGGCGCUGUGUGACAUGCUGGCUGGAGUCGCCUACCUGGUGAACCUGCUGCUGUCGGGAGAGAAGACCCUGCAGCUCUCACCUGCCCUCUGGUUUGCCAGAGAAGGAAGCAUGUUUGUUGCACUUGGAGCCUCCAUUUUUAGUCUCCUGGCUAUUGCUAUUGAACGACACUUGACAAUGAUCAAAAUGAGGCCUUAUGAUGCCAACAAGAACUACAGAGUGUUCUUGCUCAUAGGGGCCUGCUGGCUGAUUGCCAUUUCUCUUGGCGCUUUGCCUAUUCUAGGCUGGAACUGCUUGGACAACCUCCCCGAUUGCUCCACUGUCCUCCCUCUCUACACAAAGAAAUAUGUAGCUUUCUGUAUCACAGUUUUCAUGGUUUUGCUCUUGGCCAUGUCAGUCCUUUAUGCUCGCAUUUACAUCCUUGUGAAGUCCAGCAGCCGAAAGGUGAGCAAGAACAGGAACUCUGAGCAUGCAAUGUCCCUGCUGCGCACCGUCAUCAUCGUAGUUGGGGUCUUCAUCGCCUGCUGGACGCCCGUCUUCGUCCUGCUCCUGGUGGAUGUGGCAUGUGAGCAGCGCUGCCCAAUCCUCUACAAGGCAGAAUGGUUCAUCGCAGUGGCUGUGCUGAACUCAGCCAUGAACCCGGUCAUUUACACUCUGGCCAGCCGUGAGAUGAGAAAGGCCUUCCUAGGCCUGGUGUGUGGUGUUUGCUUCACGGGAAAGGCUUCUGGGAAUGGCAGCGGAAACAGGCAAUCUCUGGAACCCAGCCGGAGCAGGAGCAGGUCAUGGAGCAGCCAGAACAACCCUAACCAGAGCCAGCAGAGCUCCAGGCAGGCGGAGCUGGAGAAGGGGCCGGAGGCAGCCCGUGGCGAGGUCUCAGUGGUGGCAGGAGGGGCUGCAAAUGCCGUCAUUGAAAGUGACAGGAAAGAUUGAACAAAGUAAUCUACAGAACCAAAGGGACAUUUGGCCCUAAUGUUUGACAUGUGCAUUGGUCAGAAUUGGUGACGAUAACAACAUUUGAGUUGUGAUUGUUUCAUACUAUGGAUUUCUUGAAGUGCAGGGCAGUGGGUUUCUCCUAUGUCCUUGAUAUGUUUAAAUAUGCAUCAUCCCUUAAUGGUAUAGAUACAUUACACUUAUGUGUGAGGCCAAUCGGUUCAAGGAGACAAUCAAUAUGUACUGUUUGUCAAGUAAAGUAUUACAUGAUAUCCAGCGAGAUGCACGUAUCUCAUCUCAUUUUAAAGUUACCCGAAGAUACAAAUCUCAAAACCAAUUGAAGGAACUAUGUCAAUUUCCCCUGCUCAUGCAAAGUUGACAUUUUGGAGGUAUGUGUUUUUGCAGGACAAUGACAAUGUGCUAAUAAAUAGUGCUCUUACCUUUUAAAACCCACUUACCUCUGUAAUUUGUUACCAUGAACACGAAUAAGAAGUGAAACUCACCUGCAAUGAAUUAAAGUUCAAUUGCAAAAUAACGUAAUGAAGAAUGAUUGUAGACCUUUAUCCAUUAUGAUAAACGAUGUAAUGUAUUUAUUGUUCUGUCAUUUUAUAUUCACUCAGUUAUAGGCAAACUCAGUAUUACGUAGAGUUAUCCUAACAAUAGCUGAAUUAUAAAUUAAUGUCAGUGAAAUGUAAAAAAGCAUAUGCUGAAGUGUUCAAACUGCUUCUGUUCACUGCACAAUGAAUGUGGCUGAUGCAGUUCAUUCAGUAGUGAUGCCAGGGCUCCAUCUACUGCUGAAUAUAGGUAGGUUCAAUUCUCAAUGCUGACUAGAUGUUCUCCAACAUGCUGCAUGUUCAGUACAGAAUCUCUUUAACCCUCAUUUUUGUACCAAAAUGCUUGUUUGUCUGUUGUAUUUUAAUGAGUUUCUUCCCAAAUUCAACUAAAUCAAAUUUAGCAUGAAGUCAGAGGAGGCAUGUGAAUGCAGCAUGUGAAAUAUAUGUUAACUAUACAUGCAGCUAUUUAUAUGUUGCAGAAUAUUAGCGUUGACACAAUAAACCUCAUGUCU